GCAAGCUCGCACCAUCCAUCGAUUACCCAAGGCCGUCUAACAGUAUCAGGCCCCCACCACGUAUCUACGCGCGGGAGCCCGACACGUUCACCCAACGUUCCGCACACGAGGCGCACCGGGUAAUAAGGCCCAGGCGACAUGACACUCGCUAAGUAAACCCCAUGUUCCCCUUCCUCCACCUCACAAAACGCGGUGACCCCGCGCGCCAACGCAGAACGUGGCACCCGAAAGCAGGUCGCCGGAAAGUCAAGCGCUUUUUCAAGUCGAGGCGGAAGCUCGCUGGGUCGCGCGACAAGACAAUCGAUGCUACGGCAGAAUAUGGAAGGGGCCGCAAAAGGACGCGCUCGUCGGUGUCGAGCUGGAAUAGCCGGCGAAGCAUUAGCAGCGGAAGCCUAAGCAGCGUGUCGUCGGUGACGACGUACACUUCGGAGAGCUCGGUGUCGUACGAGCCGACCUGCCCGCAGUGCCAGCCGCUCGCGGUGCUCGUCCCGCCCGGGCAGAGCUGCAUCGUCCGCACGCGCGACGGCGAUGUGCAUGUCCAUGCCCCUGCGCCUGUGGCUUGGUACGACACGACCUCGUCAGCGUCGAUUACCACUAUGGACACCGACUCGUCCUUGUCUACGAUCUCCACGAUGUCGUCGCGCCAACCACCGGCACCGCCGAAUCAUCGCUGGCCGAUCCUGCGUAGUCGACCCCUGCGUGGGUUCUGGGGACAUCCAGAAGGCGUGCAUCCGAGGACGGACCAGAGUGUGCCACCCUUGAUAGCAAGACCCGGAGAGACGCAGUGGAGGAGCUCGGAGACCGCGUCCGGUACACGCGUCGGCGGAGGGAGCCCAAAAGUAGGAGAGUACGAGAGCAGGGAUGCAGCCAGUCCUGACAGUGGGGACACCAUCUCUCCGGUGUCUGUGGGAAUCGAGCAUAAUUGGGACCGAUGAUUCGAAGACGGCGUCAGGAGGGAUUGGUGAUGAAGAAGCUGUCGCCACAGGAUGGAUCUGCGUAGAUAGCAGCUGUCGAUGUACUUCCUCAUCUUCAUCUACACCUCAAAGAACAGCUACGCAUAGCCAUACAGCACUCCCCGAAGCCCUUUCACCUUCCACUUCACACAAAGCACCGACUCCAAUCAAAGAGGCGCCGGCUCGCGGUU